GCGACAGCGGCGGUAGCGGUAGCGCGGUAGCGGCAGCAGCGGCGGUGGCGGCAGGAGAGGAGACGCAGGAUCCGGUGUUUGAUCUCGGGAUGUGCUCGGCAGUCAGAGUCGGUUCUGACGAUGAUUCACAGAGUAAAGUGGUCAGUUUUAAACUCGGUGAGCUGUGAAUGCGUUUGGAGGGAAACAGGGACGUGUUUUCUCUGAUUCUCUGACCGCCAGUGUUCGCCUGUGUUCGCCUGUGUUCCGCCUGUGCCGCAGCCUGGUCCCGGUUUUCUCUGCUCUGAGGUGAGAAAAGGCAGCAGAGCAGCGGGAGGAGGACGUUUUCGUUUCAAACCCUGUUUUUAUUCUUUUGUUUUUUAAAUCUGGAGCUCGUAUUGUGAGGAUACAGCCGCUGGAAGGAGACAUUUUAUUGUGAAAGUCUUUUGUUGCGCUGACGGAGCGAACAUGUCGGGCCAGAGCAUCACGGACAGAAUCACUGCAGCUCAGCACAGCGUCACCGGCUCCGCGGUGUCUAAAACCGUCUGUAAGGCCACGACCCACGAAGUCAUGGGCCCCAAAAAGAAGCAUCUGGACUAUUUGAUCCACUGCACUAACGAGAUGAACGUGAACAUUCCUCAGUUGGCCGACUCUCUGUUUGAAAGAACCACGAGCACCAGCUGGGUGGUCGUCUUCAAGUCUCUCAUCACCACACAUCAUCUCAUGGUCUAUGGAAACGAGCGUUUCGUCCAGUAUUUGGCUUCCAGGAACACACUUUUCAACCUCAGUAAUUUUUUGGACAAAAGUGGGUUACAAGGCUACGACAUGUCCACGUUUAUCAGGAGGUACAGUCGAUAUCUGAAUGAAAAAGCUGUUUCUUACAGACAAGUCGCCUUUGACUUCACUAAAGUCAAACGUGGAGUGGACGGUGUAAUGAGGACCAUGAGCACAGAGAAGCUGCUCAAGACUAUUCCAAUUAUUCAGAACCAGAUGGACGCUCUGCUUGACUUCAAUGUUAAUGCUAACGAGUUAACUAAUGGAGUCAUCAACGCAGCCUUCAUGCUUCUCUUCAAGGACUCCAUCAGACUCUUUGCUGCUUAUAAUGAAGGAAUCAUCAACCUGCUGGAGAAAUACUUUGACAUGAAGAAAACUCAGUGUAAAGAAGGUUUGGACAUUUAUAAGAAGUUUCUCACCAGGAUGACACGGAUAUCAGAGUUCCUCAAAGUAGCAGAGCAGGUGGGAAUCGAUCGAGGCGACAUUCCAGAUCUUUCCCAGUUCACAGUUUGUGCUCCCAGCAGCCUCCUGGAAGCUCUGGAGCAGCACUUGGCCUCUUUAGAGGGCAAGAAGGUCAAAGACUCCACUGCAGCCAGCAGAGCCAGCACUCUGUCAAACGCCGUGUCCUCUCUGGCCACCACCGGCAUGUCCUUCACUAAAGUGGACGAGCGUGAGAAACAAGCGGCUCUGGAAGAAGAACAAGCUCGACUCAAAGCUCUGAAGUUUGAUUCUCGCUCUGUGACUCAGGAACAAAGACUUAAAGAACUUUCUAAAAGACCUUCGUUUGCCACCACUGACACGUCACCAGUCUCCACCACCGGGGGCGCUAUCAGCACUGCACCAGCCAUCGACCUCUUCUCCACAGCCAGCUGCUCCAACGGUGCAGUGAAGAUGGAGAGCGACCUGUUUGACCUCCAGUCAUCGUUCCAGCCGGCUCUUCAGUCCGGUUCUUCAGGUUCUUCAGGUCUUCCAGUGGCUACAGCCUGGUCAGAUCCUUUCACCUCUGCUGAAGCUGGAGACGACUCCAUGCCAAACCUCAACCCUUUCCUGUCAAAGCUGGUGGUGGAUGCCACUCACUUACCUGUGGUGUCUUCAGACGGCGUUAGCUUUCCCUCUCGGACGUCUGCUCAUGAAAUGUUUGGCGAUCGUUAUAAUCCCUUUACUGACACAAACUCGCCUGUUUACAAACGCACAGUGCGGAUAGAACACUCCGUCUCAGACUCCUUCUGUGGUCCAGCAGCGUCCUCAGCUCAGCAGCUGUCUCAGCAGAGUCCUUUUCCCUCUGAGUGUGCGAGUGUCGCAGGUCUCUUCAGAGGUUACCCAGCAGCACAGGCUCCGCCCCCUCAGCAGUCACCUGGUCUGCAGGUGGACUUUGAGUCUGUGUUUGGAGCCAAAGCUUCAGGAGGCAACAGCUGCGUCAGCGCUGACGAUAUAAGUGGAGGAAUCCUCAAACCAACUGUGGCUGGUUCCGGUCUGUCGUCCAAUCAGCAGCCAGAGAAGCUGGUGUCAGACGACCUGGACUCUUCUCUGGCUAAUCUCGUGGGCAACCUCGGCAUCGGAAACGGAACGAUGAAAAAUGACAUCCACUGGAGUCAGCCGGGGGAGAAGAGGAUGACCGGCGGCACCCACUGGCAGCCGAAGGCAGCGCCGACCACGACCUGGAACCCUGUCUCCAUGCAACCGUCAGUCAUGACUUUCCCUGCGACCACGCCCACAGGCAUGAUGGCAUACGGCUUGCCUCCACAGAUGAGCUCCAUGUCCAUGAUGAAUCCUCCCUCCAUGAUGUUCUCACAGCCUGCUGCCGUCAGACCUCCAAACCCCUUUGGCUCCGUGUCCAGCGCUCAGCCGUCGGCAGCUUCGAGUCCGUCCAGCCAGAGUCCGCUCCGUGCUCCGGGUCACGACCCCUUCGCUCACCUGUCUCUGAAGGAUUUCUUAUAGAUGGUCUGUGCAGAUUUUGUCCACGGGAAGCGUCUGACUGAAGACGAUGAAACAGUUUGACAGCAAAGCUUUGUCCUCGUCCACCAAACACACACACACACGCGCAGAGGUGCAGCGUCUGUCAGUAACCAUGGUAACCGUGUCAGAGCGGGGGUUUGGCAACGGUUCGCUCUCAUUUUUCACUCAGUAACUCGUCGUGGAUCAGUUUUUCCAUCUGUGACGUUUGUUCUGGAGCUGAAGAGACUUUGAUGUUUUUGUGUUUGGAUGAAGAUGAUGAUGAUGAUGAAGAUCAGAGGAGGAAGAGGACGCCGCUGCGUCGCGAUGCUAAUGACGUUUACACCCGUUUAGUUCUGGUCUUUUUUACCGUGUUUACAGUAAACAUUCCUCGUGUGUUGUUUGUAUUUAUUUAUGAUUAUUGGUUUAAGAUCGAGGGAAAAUGAAUAAUAUUAAUAAUAAUAAUAAUAAUAAUAAUAAUAAUAAUGUAAAGUCUGCAGUCAUCACCUAUGGGAAGUGCUAAAACAAGGACUAUCAGUGAGAGUUAGAGAGAAACAUAGAGAUUAUAUAAAGCCACAGAUAGAGCACUAAUUAUUCACUUUGUCUUUGUUUGUUUACUAGAUGAGAAGUUUGACUUCAGACGUUCAGGGUUCGUUUGUUAAGAGUUUGAGUCGACGAUUCUAAUGAUUCUGAUGACCCUAAUGAUUCUAAUGAUUCUAAUGAUCCUGAUGAAUCUAAUGACUCUAAUGAUUCUAAUGAUUCGGAUGAAUCUAAUGAUUCUAAUGAUUCUGACGAAUCUAAUGAUUCUGAUGAAUCCAAUGUUUCUGAUGGAUCUAAUGAUUCUGAUGAAUCUAAUGAUUCUGAUGAAUCUAAUGAUUCUAAUGAUUCUGAUGACUCUAAUGAAUCUGAUGAAUCUAAUGAUUCUGACGAUUCUGAUGGCUCUAAUGAUUCUGUGCCUCACGUUCAGUUUCUUCAUCUGAAGCUUGUUUUGCUUUAAGCUUGGCUGCUGACAUCGUUGACGUGUCUCUGUCGCGUCCCUGACGUGUCAUUGAUGCAACGCUAUCGCGUCCCUGACGUGACUCUGUCGUGUCCCUGAUGUGUCGCUGUCGCGUCCCUGACGUGUUAUUGACGUGACGCUGUCGUGUCCCUGACGUGUUGUUGUCGCGUCCCUGCCAUGUCAUUGACAUGUCGCUGUCACGUCUCUGACGUGUCACUGUCUUGUCUCUGACGUGUCACUGUCUUGUCCCUGACAUGUCAUUGACGUGGCGCUGUCGCGUCUGACUUGUCAUUGAAGUGACGCUGUUGCGUUCCUGACGUGUCGCUGUCGCGUUCCUGACGUGUCGCUGUCGCGUUCCUGACGUGUCGCUGUCGUGUCCCUGACGUGCCGCUGUCGUGGACUCUGACACUGCUGCUGCCGCCACCUUCACUCUGAAUGUCACACACUUGUUGUUCAUGUUGCACACAUCUUUCCACACUGCUGGUCCUCAGCUGAGGGGGGCGGGGCUACGAGGGCGGUGGCUACGCUAACGUAGAAGAAGAUUUGAUGUAAAAUAUUAUGUAUAAAAGAUGCAGAGGUUUGAGGAGGAGGAGCACUGUUGAUCGGUGCUCUGUGUAAAUACAAAAACUGACUGUUCUUUGAGAGCAUAAAGUGAAAGAUGUAUGAAAUAUGAAAACAAUUCAAUCAAAUUUGACUCUACCUAAGUUUGAUUCAGGAUAUUCUUCUCUGCGUUUGUCUCCGCAGAUGAUUUUUUUCUUUAUGUAAUUAGAACGUGUAGCAGACGACGACUGAAGUCUUUUCUUUCUUUUACAAAUAAAAAAGCAGCUUCCACAAAAAACAACAACACUCUUUUCUUUUUGUUUUUAACCUUUAACCUGAACUUUAACCUUAAC